UAAAAGAACAAUAAAGUGAACAGAUAAAAUGAAAAAAACAGUCCUCAACACUUCACUUUCCGAAAAGCUACCACCACGUAACAAAAUGUCGCCUACCACCCUCUGUUAAAAACCAAUUUUGCAAGGGAAGCCUUAAUUAACGAUUCCAGGCGUCAACCCAAUGGCGGAUUGGAUCUCUGUCGAUCCUCAUUAGCAAACUUCUUCAAUCGAAAAGGUCUCCUUCAACCUCGAGGCUAUGAACUCUCAACGAGACGGCAAGAGCCAUCGCCUCCUUGCAUGGAAUGGCCUCUACAAGAAACGGAAUCGUAAGACGCGUCGAAGUUAACACAAACCCACGACCUCUCUGGGGGUUUCCAAACAGUCAGUUACUGGUCGUCAUUCCUAGCUCCAACAGUGUUAUGAAUUUUAAAUUCCUCUUGAAAAGACCUAAUCCAUGUGACGACCUCGGUAGUAUUUUGAGCAACUUUGUCAUGAACCAAUUUGUUUCUGGGAAACCAAACAGCCCAGAUUAUAAUGUGGUAGCUGACAUUCGAACUGUUCAUGAUUUCGAACCAACUCAUAAACCAAGAUUUAAAGUCUUCAUUGUCUCUCCUCGCAGGUCUAUUCAACCCCAAAACAUCCCAAAUACUCCUGAGACAGUCACGGAUAAUAUGCUCGUUUGUUUCAACACCGACCUUGCAUCUCGGGAAAAUAGUUAUGUUCCUGAGCCUUUUAAUCUGCAAAUUAUGAUAGCUAGGAAUAUUGUUGUUAAAAAAUCUGCAGUUUAUAAUAUUCACUUUUGGGGGAACUGCAGUGUCCAACAAAGCUUUGUAGAAAUGUUUGUAGAUAGGUCUAUUAGCUAGGAAUGUUACUUUUAAAGCGAAAUCUCUAUAAUUUUUUGUGACCACUUCGAACUGAGUACUCUCCUGUUGGCUCACCUGACCAUGCCAUCGUGUCUUCAAUCUCAGUUCGAGGAAUUAGGAUGUUGAUGAUACGCAAGGCAUCAGCAUCACAAAAAAUCUCUCUAAUUAGAGUUACAUUCCAUUGCUUUGUAUCUUGCACAAAGAGAUCCUUUACCAGCAUAAUGUCUUGAUUAAGACGAGGAGUACAAACCAUA